AACCCAGUUUCCUUAUUGGCUUGUGGCAAACACACUACUUAAUAAACUGCUCCUUUCAUCCUUCAAUGAAGGGGGAGUGCAUGAACAACAAAAAAUUCCCAGGGCUACAGAAAGCACAUAAAAGAGGGCUGCGGUGUUGAUUCCACCAUUCAGACUGGGAUCAAGAUCAAGCACUGACAUGGCUGCUGAGAGCUCACAAAGAAGAUUCCUCCUGCUGGCUGUCUUUGCACUGAGCAUCUUUGCCAAUCUCUGUGAGGGGCAAGAGUUGCGAUGCCAGUGUAUUCAGACACAUUCUGAUUUUAUUUCUCCGAAAUUCAUUAAACAUGUCCAGUUGAUACCCGAAGGUGUUCACUGCAACAGGAAAGAAAUCAUAGUCACAUUGGAAGAUGGGAAAUUAAUUUGUUUGGAUCCUAACGCUGAAUGGGUGAUGCUUAUUAUCAAAAAGAUUAUCAACAGUGCCCCUAACUGAUGGUCACACAAGGAACAUCACAUCCUGUGGAUAUCGGAAGCCCUCAGUAUCAUCGUGAGCUUGGACAUCCUCCAGAGGUUUCUUUCAGAGUAGCAUCAAGUUAUGCUAAUUUCUGACUAAAAUGAACUGCCUUCUUUACUUAUUCUGACAACCUAAACAUUAUUUUCAGGCAGGUGGUUGGCUAGUUGUGAGGGAAUAAUGGAAGGGAGGGUUAUGAAAUUUCCAUUAUGUUGUAAGAAUACUCUCUAAACUCAUGUAGUAGGUUAGAGGUUUCCUAGUUAGGCUCACUAUAUCUUAGUAGAGUCCACCUUUUCCAUGCUGUGCCCUACCAGUUAACUUCCUAAGGCACUCUAGCAUUUGAUCACUGCUUUUCACUUGACCCUAUCCUUUGAUAUUAUUCCCAAUGACAUCAACAUUUUUCUUGAUUAACUUGUCAACACUCUGGCCUUUUGAUUGCUUGAACUUUUAAGUUCCAAAGGCUUUAACUUGCUCCCCAUUUUAGUCAUCCACAACCUUGGAUCUCAGUAUAAAUAAGGUUGUUUAUCUAUAGUUGUCAAAACUUCAAUGCUUCUUUUACAGGAAUUUUUCAUUCAUUAUAAGAUCUAUGCAUUUAAUGAGAAGAAAAUGGGGUUCGUACAGUUGUAUGAUAGACUGGUCUUAAAUUUUAAGAAUUUACUCUUAAAUAAAGCAAACCUGAUAGAUAACCUCAGCCAAGAGUAGAGGCAACCCACCCUAGGAAACUGUAAAGUCGUCAGGUUGGAAGAGGAAGGGAAGGAAAUUUAAGACCAUUGAGACCCAAGGAAGAUCAUGAGGAUGAUGCCUCAGAAAGAUGAAAUAGAAAAUGCAGAACUAAGGCUGUGUUUUAACCAUUUAACUUCUUUUAGGUAGAAUUUCUGGAUAUGCAACACCAUAUUGAGAGAAUAUAUAUGUAUAUCAUUUUUUUUAUCGUUCUGAAAAUAAAAACGUUUUAACAGA